GAACGUUGUAUUUGCACUUAAAUAAAAUUUUAAUCUAUGUGGCAGCACACUUUAAUACUUUCGGGACUUUCAUGUCCAAUACCCGACAUGAAGUAAACAAAGUCUGACAAAACUGCCAAUUGGAAAUGUCAAAGCUGUGAUGAAAACGAAGGUAGCGUCAACGUCAGCGAUAGUGUACGUCAAAUUUUGUUGAAGAGCAGUGGUCGUAGCCACAUCAGCAACUGGAUAGCAUUUGGUAAAUCCAUCAAAACACUUGAAACGGUGCAACAGCAAAUAAACAUUUAGUGGCUCCACGAUGGCGAUAAAACCUGGCAUGGGACGCAAGUCCAGCAGUAAGAAUCCACCAAUUUUAAGUCAUGAAUUUGUCAUACAAAAUCAUGCGGACAUCAUAUCCUGUGUUGCAAUGAUAUUCGUUGUGGGACUCAUGGACGAAUCAACAUCACCUUUUGCCAGCGCCUUCAUUUCACUGCAUCACAAUGUGUCAGGUGAGGAACCCAGCCGUGAGAACCCACUCGGUAAGCCAUUUAGCUACGUGGCAGGUAUCAAGGAUUACUGCGCAAUCUUCUUUUAUACAUUAACAUGCAUUAUUAUGCAUGCCAUCAUCCAAGAGUAUAUAUUAGAUAAAGUAUCCAAGAAACUUCAUCUAUCCAAAUUCAAACUUUCGCUGUUUAAUGAAUCUGGGCAACUAAUUGUGUUUUAUAUAUUCUCGUUCGUCAUGGGCGCCAAUGUGAUACUACGCGAAGGAUACUUAAGCAAAUUUUCUCAGUUAUGGGAGGGUUUCCCCAACCAUCCGAUGUCGUUCCAGCACAAACUGUUCUUUAUUAUUCAAAUGGCGUACUACUUACACAUGCUUCCUGAGCUCUAUUUCCAGAAAGUGAAAAAAGAAGAUCAACAAAGUAAAAUCGUUCAUUCCAUUUGCGGAUUUUCCAUCGUUUGCAUAGCAUACACACUCAGUUUCCAACGCAUUGCAUUGGUAUUGCUAACUCUGCAUUACCUUGGUGAAACAGUGUCGCACAUAAUCCAACUGAUUGGUGUUUUCGAUCGUGAUGAGAAACUUGUUAGUGUACGCCUCGUCAAUAACGUAACCUUUGUUUUUGUACGAUUCACGGCAAUGGUAAUUGGUGUUCUAACAUUAUACUAUGGCGUUGCCGCAGAGAGUGCGCUGCGAGCUUAUGCAGCCCUUGUCGGUCUAAUGGCUUUGCAGGGUUAUCUCAUCUAUUCUUUCAUUACUGAAGAAUUACGCGCUACACGAGAAGCAAAACGAGAGGCUAAACAACUGCAACAGCAACAACAAGCGAAGAAAUCGAAAGCGGCGAAGGAAAAGGCGAAAAAAAAGAAGGAAAGUGAUCUACCUGAGGCCGAUCAGAGUCCCAGCCCUGUGAAGUCAAAGGCUAAAUAAGCAUUCCAUGGCGAGUGCCAAAUCAACUACGUCCACCAAUAACAUAAACAAUAAUAUUCAAUAUUAUCAAAUAUGCAAAUGAGCUACUUUCCAAAAUUUACCAGCUCAUUUACAUAUGCAUAUGUAUACAUCUGUAGAUAUGUUCAUCUAUAAAUUUUUGAAAUUUCGAAAUCAAAUGUCUCCCGCGCAAACAAAUUACAAACACACGUAUUCGUACGUCAAAAAAAAAAGCUGGGUAAAUAGCGCUUAUAUGAUGUUACAUACAUAUAUAAAUAUACAUAUGUAUGUAGUACAUAAUGGUAAUGAGUUGAGAAUGGGAUAUGAAAGCGAUGACUGCAUUUAAUAAGUAUAUACAAAAUUUCAAAUCCAGAUUGUGUACAAACUGAUAAACAACAACAAUAUCUAAGCAAAAAAAUCAAAAGCCUAAAGCCGCCGCCGCUGCCAACGCCGUCGUUGCUGCUGACGCUAUUGCUAAAUCUAAGGCAUAUUUUUUAUUAAAAUAAAAUUAGUUAUUUUUUCACUUUAUUUUUGUACUUUUUAACUUAAAAUGCUAUUUUACAUACUCGUUUCUACAGUAAACAAAAAACUAUUAAAAUAAAAAAGUCUAAAAAAUCAAUCGUUACUAGUGCAAUGAAUCAACAACUGUUGCUUCCAUAUUUGGUUAACUGUUUGAAUUUAAAGUAAAAUGUUUAAAUUUACGCUGAGGAUUUUAUCAGCGAAUAUAUAAAAAUCUAAUAACAAAACAAAAAACUAAAAUAUAUUCCGCUAUCAUAAGCCCCAAAAUACAUAUGUAUAUUCAAAAUGCACACUGCAUCGAAAAGCUAAAUUUGUUUGAGACUGAAUUAAGCUGAACUUGAAAAUUGUGCUAGGGUUUUACGAUCUAAAUGCUGAACCAUGACAAAGCCAUACAAUUAAUGUAAUUACAUCACAUAUAUGUACAUGUGUGCAUACAUACGAACAUAUGUGUGGGCAAAGCCAACAAACAAAAUGUUUGUACCGACAAAAAAUUAAAAUAAAAAGUUAAUAAAAUAUGUUGAACAUGAAAAGAUCAAUGAAAACAUCUUAGUAAGGACUUUGAUACUGGUAUCCAUAGAAUAACUACUAAAGUGUUAUAAGUAGUUUUAAGAGAUUGUAAGCUUGCUUCAAUAUUUUUGUAUUAAUUAUGCACAAAUUUCAAGGAAAAAAAUUUCCAAAAAAAAGCAUUGAAAAAAUUUCCCUUAACAAAAUUUAUUUUUUACUCUAAAAGAAUGUUGUAUGCAUGCGUGCAUACAAAUGAAAUUAUACAACGCAGACCAAAUCUGAACUAAUCUGCGUGUCCUUAUAAAAGCUCAUAAAAAUUUACUUUAUAUAAA